UUUUCCUUCCGCACACAGAAAAUACUACUGAAUAAUAUUCACUCGUCCAUGAAUAUCAAUCGAAAUGUCGUCGUUAGUCCCCAGCCCAAUAUAUGACAGCCAGGAUCCAGCUUUCCUUGUAGAGGUUGUGCGAGGCUUGCCUUCUCCUACCGCUUGGGAGCUACGUGACCAGACAGUGAAGCAAAGGAUCAUAGAAGCCAACGACUAUAUUAACAAUGUUGAGCAUGCUAUACGGGUGAACGAACAUGAGUCUGCAAUGAAACUUUUCCUAAAGGCGUUCAGGAUCGCAUAUAUUCUUCUACCUGUGCACCCAGAGUGUGCACAGAUGCAUACCACUGAUGAGGCAGCACUGCCGUUGAGAAAGCUGAGGCAUAGGAUAGAGGAGACUCAUAUGGUCGUCAUGAAAAUAGCUACGCCUGAGGAACUGAUUCAAUCAACAAGGAGGAUAUAUCCGAGCCCACCUAACACUCCACCCAUGGAUACGAGCAUGUCACCUCCUUCACCAACUCGAUCAAACCCUAUAUCUGGCGAAGCCAGCUUGGGUAACCACAAUGUGCAUCUUUUCCCCCCAAGAAGGACCCAUACAUCUACUCCUCCUAUAUCAGCCGCCAUUGUCAAUGCCAACGUUCAAGCGCUUUUCGAUGAAGCAUCAUCUUUGUUUGGAGAGCUUCGGCCAUUAUCCCAGAACGAUUCACCUCAUCUUCCAAACGAAAAUAUGGAAGAUGCUUCAUUUUUGGUUCCCAGCUGGACAGUUCAUCAAAGAAAGAUAUCAGAGCCAGAAGUAUUUGCGGCAACCUAUGAAGACCCUGGUACAACACAUGGCGCUCAAAACAUUAACGAUAUGUUUGUCAACAAGGAAACGGGUGGUGGUAGAGAUGUUCAAUUAUAUCCAGAAGACGAGCCGCCUGGCCCUUCCAACGUGACACACGACGGUGAAAUUUCGUCUAGCCCGCUUACAUUUUUGGCAGAAGACAGCGAAACGAGCGCAUCUCCGACUAAGAAAAGUAGAAUGCUCUUCGGAAAGACACGGUCGUCAUCCGGCUCCAUUAAAGAAGACUUGUCUGCUGUGAAGACAGAUCCUUUAGCAAGAGAUAAUUCAAAAUCUCGCAGGAGAGCUUCUGAUAAAAUUGUCUUUGCAUCAACCUCUUCGAACGAUGUCAAGAUUAUCGUCAAAUCUUCCCAGCCUAAAGCGUUGUGGCCCAGAAUUUCAACCGAGUUUUUACGAUCUUUGAUGGCCGGUUCCGAUGCAAACAAGGUUAGCCCAGGACAGCUCGUUGCAACGGAGAAAAAUUCGAAGAAGCAACCGUCUGCUUCUUAUUCUCCUUCAGCUAAUGGAAUACCCACCUAUAUACCUCUGAUCUCGUUUAUGCACCAACCACCACGGGCCCAUAGGCAUACCAGUCUUAAAAAGAAAAAUGAGCAAAGCCCAACCCUGAAGGCUUCUGGUAACACAGGCCCUCAGCUAGGUCAAAUGGUUCCAGGGGAGCAGACCGGUGAUCAUUUGGACCCAAAUGAUAAUUCAAUGAGCAAUGAUGCCGCUCCUCAAGUUCACGUCCGACCGCCCAAUAAUCAGCGCGACAAUCACGCUUCGUCUGUCAACGGUCCUACACCUUGCGCGUCUCCGAAUACGUCUACACCUAAUCCUAUACUUGCUAGACUUCGACUUCACGCGCGGUCUAACCUUGGAUGCAUUAAAUACAUGUCAUUCUCUGGACUGAUCUCUUAUUCAAAUGAUUGUUUUUCAAACAUGCGCAUGUACUCUGAGAUCAAAGACUAUGCUAACGCUUAUACUCAUGGUAUUCAAGGAAUGAUAAUUGUAACCAAUGUACUGCCGCAUCAUCAUGAAUGCCGGCCAGAGACAGGACUCCCAUACUUCAAUUACGUUGCCGCCGUUGAGGUAAACUUUUUGCGUGCUGUAUGGUGGUGUAUUUGAAUGAAGAUUAAUUUGAGCUCUCAAAAGAUGAUUUGGUACAGAUACAAAGAAAUGUUGGACAAUUUACAAGACAAGGUUGAGCAGGAGUAUAGAACAAUGUGAUCUCUUGGAAGAGCAAACAUACUGGUGAUGUUAGACUUCCAGAGCGUUAGCUGGAUCAAAAGGGGUGCUUUCCAAAAUUAUUUAAACCUUUUAAAUUGUCGGCUCAAACAGACCAGAUUAACUUGAAACGACUGAAACUUCAAACUGUGCAAGCGUAAAUGCCACUGAUGGUAGCAAAAGCUCAACCCAUACACCUUCAGCUAUUCCUACAGUAACCUGCGGGAAUCCAUGAAUAUCCUGGCUCCGGUAUCUUUCGUCAGAG